GGGGGGCGGCGGUGGUCGUUCCCGCCGCCAUGGACGCGGACGAGCCGCCGCGGCCGUCGACCUCCCGGGGGGCGGGAGCGGCCGCCGCCGAGGCCCCGCAGGAGGAGGAAGGCGAGGAGGAGGAGGAGGAGAAAAAUGAUCCUCCAUUUCAACUCAAACUUCCCCCAAAAGCCUGUAGACCUGAGAAGGAAGUUGACCCGGAAUAUGAGGAAAAGAUGAAAACAGACCGCGCUAAAAGAUUUGAAUUCCUGCUGAAGCAGACAGAACUCUUUGCCCAUUUUAUUCAGCCCGCAGCCCAGAAAUCUCCAACAUCUCCACUAAAAGUGAAACUGGGUCGUCCACGAAUAAAGAAAGAUGAGAAACAAAGCCUUUUAUCAGCUGGGGAUUACCGACACAGGCGUACAGAGCAAGAGGAAGAUGAAGAGCUCUUGUCAGAGAGUCGGAAAACUUCUAACGUGUGUGUUCGGUUCGAGGUCUCGCCUUCGUAUGUGAAAGGAGGAACGCUUAGAGAUUACCAGGUGAGAGGAUUGAACUGGAUGAUCUCCUUGUAUGAAAAUGGAGUCAAUGGCAUCCUGGCAGAUGAAAUGGGUCUUGGUAAAACUCUGCAAACGAUUGCUCUCCUUGGUUAUCUGAAACACUACCGAAACAUCCCUGGACCGCACAUGGUUUUGGUUCCCAAAUCAACUCUGCAUAACUGGAUGAAUGAAUUUAAACGCUGGGUUCCAUCUCUCCGUGCCGUUUGUCUCAUCGGAGAUAAGGAUGCAAGAGCUGCUUUUAUUCGGGACGUCAUGAUGCCCGGGGAGUGGGAUGUCUGCGUCACUUCAUAUGAAAUGGUCAUUAAAGAAAAAUCCGUGUUCAAGAAGUUUAAUUGGCGAUACUUAGUCAUCGAUGAGGCACACCGAAUAAAGAAUGAAAAAUCAAAGCUUUCUGAGAUCGUUCGUGAGUUCAAGACAACAAAUCGAUUAUUGCUAACUGGAACUCCUUUGCAAAAUAACCUCCAUGAGCUUUGGGCAUUACUCAAUUUUCUGUUACCUGAUGUCUUUAAUUCGGCAGAUGAUUUUGAUUCCUGGUUCGACACUAAAAAUUGUCUUGGUGAUCAAAAACUUGUGGAGAGGCUGCACGCAGUUUUAAAACCAUUUUUGUUGCGUCGCAUAAAAGCUGAAGUAGAAAAAAGCUUACCUCCUAAGAAGGAAGUGAAAAUUUACCUAGGAUUGAGCAAGAUGCAGAGAGAAUGGUAUACAAGAAUCCUGAUGAAAGAUAUUGACAUCCUUAAUUCUGCUGGGAAAAUGGAUAAAAUGCGCCUGCUGAACAUUCUGAUGCAACUGCGGAAGUGUUGUAACCACCCGUAUCUGUUUGACGGGGCUGAGCCCGGCCCACCUUAUACCACCGACACCCACCUCGUCAAUAACAGUGGCAAGAUGGUGGCUUUGGAUAAAUUGCUAUCCAAACUCAAGGAGCAAGGUUCCAGAGUUCUUAUCUUUAGCCAGAUGACCCGGUUACUGGACAUUUUAGAAGACUACUGCAUGUGGCGAGGUUAUGAGUACUGUCGACUUGAUGGACAAACACCACAUGAGGAGAGGGAGGAAGCAAUCGAUACCUUUAACGCUCCAAACAGUAGCAAGUUUAUCUUCAUGCUGAGCACCAGAGCUGGAGGUCUGGGAAUCAAUCUGGCAACUGCGGACGUGGUUAUAUUGUAUGAUUCAGAUUGGAAUCCCCAGGUUGAUCUACAGGCUAUGGAUCGAGCACAUCGUAUUGGACAGAAGAAGCCAGUCAGAGUUUUCCGUCUCAUCACUGACAAUACUGUUGAGGACAGGAUUGUAGAAAGAGCAGAGAUAAAGCUGAGACUUGAUUCGAUUGUUAUACAGCAAGGCAGACUCAUCGACCAGCAGUCUAACAAACUGGCUAAAGACGAAAUGCUGCAGAUGAUACGCCACGGAGCCACUCACGUUUUUGCUUCGAAAGAGAGUGAGCUGACGGAGGAAGACAUUACAACUAUCUUAGAGAGAGGGGAAAAGAAGACAGCAGAAAUGAAUGAGCGCUUGCAGAAGAUGGGAGAAAGUUCCCUAAGAAAUUUUACUAUGGAUACAGAAACCAGUUUGUACAAUUUUGAAGGUGAAGAUUAUAGAGAAAAACAAAAGCUCAGCAUGAUGGAAUGGAUAGAACCUCCUAAACGAGAACGUAAAGCAAAUUAUGCAGUGGACGCCUAUUUUAGAGAGGCUUUACGUGUGAGUGAGCCUAAGAUUCCCAAGGCCCCGCGACCACCAAAGCAGCCUAAUAUUCAAGACUUUCAGUUUUUCCCACCAAGAUUGUUCGAACUUCUGGAAAAAGAAAUUCUCUAUUACCGGAAAACAAUAGGCUAUAAGGUCCCUAGGAAUCCCGAUCUCCCAAAUUCAGCUCAAGCACAAAAAGAAGAGCAGAAGAAGAUUGAUGAAGCGGAACCUCACACCACAGAAGAGACUGAAGAAAAGGAAAAACUGCUCACCCAAGGAUUCACAAACUGGAACAAACGAGAUUUUAACCAGUUUAUUAAAGCCAAUGAGAAGUAUGGGCGGGAUGACAUUGAUAAUAUAGCCCGAGAAGUGGAGGGAAAAUCACCCGAAGAGGUCAUCGAAUAUUCAGCUGUCUUUUGGGAACGUUGCAAUGAGCUGCAAGAUAUCGAAAGAAUUAUGGCUCAGAUCGAACGAGGCGAAGCAAGGAUCCAACGAAGAAUCAGUAUCAAGAAAGCUUUGGAUGCCAAGAUCGCAAGAUAUAAAGCCCCAUUUCAUCAGUUGCGCAUUCAGUAUGGAACAAACAAAGGAAAGAACUACACAGAAGAAGAAGACAGGUUCUUGAUUUGCAUGUUACACAAAAUGGGCUUUGAUAAAGAAAACGUCUAUGAAGAACUAAGACAGUGCGUGCGCAACGCUCCACAGUUCAGAUUCGACUGGUUUAUCAAGUCGAGAACGGCCAUGGAAUUUCAGAGGCGCUGCAAUACUCUCAUAUCGUUGAUUGAGAAAGAAAACAUGGAAAUUGAGGAGAAGGAGAGAGCGGAAAAGAAGAAACGAGGAACAAAAGCUCCCGUGUCACAGAAAAGAAAAGCGGAUUCAGCUGCGGACAGCUCUGGAAAGAAGGAUGCCAAGAAAGUGAAAUCCUAAAGCUUAGAUACAAAGUGGGAAAUUGCUGUUUUCUUCUCUACAUCUCCAAAUGUCAAUUGCCAGUCUGGUGUAUUCAUGGUACUCUUUAGAAAAACAAACAAAAAAAAACCCCCAAACCCCUCCCUGUUUUAAUUUUUUGCAUAUUUUGUAUAUUUUAAAAUGCUUUCUAUCUGAAAUGUGUAGCUUUAUAUUUUUUGCAUUCCGGUAUUUUAGUGUACUGUAUUUUGUGAAUUUCAUGUCUUCAUCAGAUUCCUCUCAGUCCUCGUUCUUUUGACGCUUGUGCUGAGGUUUUAGCUUUUAUAUGUUUUAUAUGCUGCUGCUUUGAAAGAGAACCUAGAUUCUAUAGCUGUAUUAUUGUUGUUUCAUAGUUUAAAUUUAUAUGGCCAUGGAAAAAUCGAAUUAAAAUGAUUUGGGGAGAAA